AUGCUCUUGCAAAUUUCCUUCUUAGCUAUCUUUGUCCCUGCCCUGGCGGAGCAGAAACGCUCCCUCGAUGUCAUUAGUAGCCUCGAUGCAGAUUGUCUUUGUCCAAUAUACACCGCUCUAUCAAAAUACACAUUUGCUAGUGGUCCUGCCGGAGGCAUUUACAAUCAUUCAAUAUCAGUGACGUCAUUCUUUGCCGAGGAAAGCUAUAUAGAGACAACAACAAACUUUGGGGCCAUCUGCAACAGAACGGUGGAAGUUGCUUCCAUGUAUGCGAGUGCAAGAGCGAGAUGUGAUGGAAGUAGUCCAGCGGCUACCAUCUCGUUCUGGCAGGAAUUGUGCGACGUCGAUCUUGCGUCUAUUGAGCCCAAUGGAUCAGGUUCGUACGACUCAACGCCAAUACUUGAUCCGGAUAUCAAUACGACCACCUCUACUGGCACCAUCAAAUCACCUGUCCUCUUGAGCGAGUCAUACUACAAGCGGGCGUACAAAACAUGUGUUAUCCAUGAAAAGGCUCUGGGUCAGGAUAUCCGGUUCGGCUGGGGGUUAAUGGGCUACUGGGGAGCUAUCCUGGGUCUCGGAAUGGUGCAGAAAAUCCUUAGCUUUUGGACGGUUAGGCGGACUAUGGACCCUCGCAGGGAUACUGAAGCCAAUGCAGUCCCUGGGCCUAUCGAACACAAGCAAAUCCCUAGUCCCUUAUCUUCAACCAUCCAUGCUCUGCGUACCCAUAUUGUGGUUCCGGCAAGCUUCACUCCAAAACUGCCUCAUCACCAGCGACUUCUUUAUGGACAUUGCAUUCCCAAGCGACUUGAUUUGAUAAUCGCUUUCGGGUUCUGGCUCCUCUGUGUCCUUUUAGCUUGUGUCAACUACGAUGGAGACACUAGUACUAGGACGUCGACCAUGCCCCAGCGCAACUGGCAUUAUUCGUCCGAUCGGACCGGUAUUCUUGCCUAUGCUUGUCUACCAUUCUUAUGGCUUUUCAGUGGACGCAACAACAUCUUCCUCUGGGUUACCAACUUUGACAUUCAAUCCUUCAGCACUUUCCAUCGGCAUAUUGCAUGGGCGUGCACACUACUCGCCAUUGUCCACUCGAUAGGGUACAGCAUCAUUCUAGCAGACUACGAGGACGCAUAUCAUGAAGCGUGGAGCCAUAAGCCAUGGUACAUGGGCGUGAUUGCGGUUAUUGGCAUGUCAGUUUUGUUAGUCCACUCCAUCACAUGGCUACGACGCAAGUGGUACGAGGUAUUCCUCAUCUCCCACAUCGUACUAGCCAUCGUCAUAAUCUAUGCUCUAUUUCAACAUACCCGCCCCGACGGACCGCAGUGGAACCCAUACCUAUGGACUGUCGUAGCUAUAUGGACCUUCGAUCGCAUCCUCCGCGUACUUCGCCUGUUCAACAAAAGCAGAAUCUCCCUGCCAUCAUCAACGGUUACAUACGCUCCCGACAGCGACCUAAUGACGAUAGAUAUAGAGGCACCCUCCCAUCUCACACCCAAGCCAGGCCAACACUACUUCCUCUCCCAGCCUCUGAGCGUACAUUGUUUAGAAAACCACCCUUUCGCACUGGGUGCAUACGCCCAAGCAUCAUGCCGUCUGCCGAAGGAGAAAAGCAUGGUGAGAUUCUACGUUCGUCCUUACAACGGCUGGACAAAAUCCCUUCGUGAUCGCUGCAUCCAAGCAAAUAGUACUAUCCACCCACUCCUCCUGCUAGAAGGUCCAUAUGGCCACAUGGCACCGCUGCAUACCUUCGACACAGUGUUGUUAAUCGCCGGUGGGACGGGCAUCGCAGCAACGUUGCCGUAUAUACUCAACUAUGCCGCCCGGUUGAAGAGACAAACUACGAAGACGACAAGAGUACAUCUCAUUUGGACUGCUCGUCAGAAGAGUAUGUUCUCUACUGUAUUCACCGAAGAACUGAGCCAUGUCUUGGAAUGUGAGGGUCUUAAAGUUAGCUUUUUCUGUACUGGAAGUGCUCCGGUGUCACCAAUUGGGAGCGAUAAAGAGGUGGAUGUUGGGUCUGGUACCAGGAGAGCAGGGGCAGAUAUACACUUUUAUGUCGGUCGACCUGAUAUUCGUGGAGCUGUUGAGACGGAGGCUGGAAAGGCUCAUGACUGCAGCACGAGGCUAGCCGUAGUGUGCUCCGGACCGGGGAUGAUGGCCGAUGAGUGUCGGUUAGCGGUGUAUGAGGCGAUGAGAAGGCCGUGUCAGGGGAUACGGUACUUCGAGGAGGCAUUUACUUGGUAG